CAAGCAACAUAAAUUUAUGCCCCAAGUUCAAGCUUUUUUAUUUUUUUGUUAAAAAAGAAUUAAACUACUUUUAAAACAUUAUCGUUUUGGUUGAAUAAACUAACGGAAACGAACGUCAAAAGGAAUAAAUAAUUUUUAUUUUCGCCGGCGAUGCCGACGCCGGUUAGUGUGGCCAGGCAAUGCUUGACUCCGGAGGCGGCCCACGCGCUAGACGAGGCCGUGGGCGUCGCGCGCAGACGGGGACACGGGCAAACGACGUCGCUCCACGCCGUGUCAGCGCUCCUCUCACUUCCCUCUUCCACCCUACGCGAGGCCUGCGCGCGUGCAAGGAACUCAGCCUACUCGCCCCGCCUACAAUUCAAGGCCUUAGACCUGUGCCUGAGCGUCUCGUUAGACCGGGUCGCCUCCACCCAACUCUCCGACGACCCGCCCGUGUCGAACUCGCUCAUGGCCGCGAUAAAGCGCUCCCAAGCGAACCAGAGGAGACAGCCCGAGAAUUUCCAUCUCUACCAUCAGAUUCCAAACCAAUCAUCGAUCUCGUGCGUCAAAGUGGAGCUCCAGCAUUUGAUUUUGUCGAUUCUCGAUGACCCGGUGGUGAGCCGGGUGUUCGGCGAAGCAGGUUUUCGGAGCUCCGAAAUCAAGCUAGCUAUGGUUCGCCCUCUCCCUCAGCUCCUCAGGUACUCGCGCUCCAGAGGUCCGCCUUUGUUUCUCUGCAAUCUGAGCGAGUACUCGGACCGGGGUCCGGCUCCAGCUCGUCGGAGCUUCGCCUUUCCGUUCUCGGGGUUUCCCGGGUUCUGCGGCGGAGACGAGAACUGUAGGCGGAUUGGGGAGGUGAUGAACAGGAACAAGGGGAGGAAUCCUCUGCUUGUGGGUGUAUGCGCCUACAGUGCACUCCAGAGCUUCACAGAGGCAACAGAGAAGAGAAAAGAUAGCGUUUUGCCUGUGGAGCUUUCUGGGUUGAACGUAAUUUGCAUUGAAAACGACGUCUCAGAGUUCGUCACGGAGAAUAGCGAUAAAGGGUCUGUGUGUUUGAGGUUUGGUGAGGUGGGUUCGAUGCUGCAGCAAAGUUUGGGACCUGGGUUGGUCGUGAAUUUCGGAGACUUGAAGGCUUUUGUGAGUGACGAGGCCUCAGGUGAAGCAGUGAGCCAUGUCGUUGACCAACUGACGAAGUUGCUGGAGCUUCAUGCUGGGAAAGUAUGGUUGAUAGGUGCAGCCGCGAGCUACGAGUCGUAUUUGAAGUUUGUGAAUAAAUUUCCAUCCAUUGAGAAGGACUGGGACUUGCAGCUUCUACCCAUCACUUCUCUCAGGCCGCCUUCCAUGGCUGAAUCAUACCCCAGGUCCAGCUUGAUGGACUCAUUUGUUCCAUUUGGUGGAUUCUUUUCAACACCUUCUGACUUAAAGGUCCCAUUCAGUAGCUCAUAUCGCUGCAUUCCCCGUUGUCAUCAGUGCAAUGAAAAGUGUGAACAAGAAGUAAUUGAUGUUUCAAAGGAAGGCUUUACUGCUUCAAUUGCAGAUCAAUCCAAAUCUAGCUUGCCUUCUUGGUUGCAGAUGACUGAACUUGGCACUAACAAGGGACUGGAUAUGAAGACCAAAGAUGAUGGAGUGGUAUUGGGUGCCAAAGUUACCGGAGUACAAAAGAAAUGGGACAAUAUAUGCCAUCGUCUUCAUCAAACUCAACAAUUCCCUGAAGCAAACACAUUUCCAACUCUUUUGGGCUUUCAAAUUGUUGAAGACAAGAAGGAAAACACUGAUAAUCACAGCAGCCACAACACAGAUGCAUCUUCAAGUGAAACCAACUGUGUGAAUGUGGAUUCAUCCACGUCCAUGGAUGUGCAAAAGAUUGCUACAUUACAAUCAGGGGGUCCUUUUACUGUGGUUAGCAAGGCUAAGAAUGAGAGUUUGCUAUCCAAACAAUGGGAAAAACCUUCAAAAGGGGAAGAUCUUGAGUCAGGUGGCCUCAAUUCUCCACGCAGUUUAUCCAAUUCCAGUGUGGGUGAUGGUAGUGGAACCUCUCCCACAUCUGCAACUUCUGUGACGACAGAUUUAGGACUGGGAAUAUGCUCUUCUCCCACUAGUGAUAAGCCAAAGAAAUCUAUAAAUAAAAAUCUAGUAGAGCUUUCACAUGAAUUCUCAGGUUGCCUUUCUGCAGACGUUGAUUUGGUCAAUGGGAAUAUCUCUAAUCGUCUGACUCAAUCUUCAUCCUGCUCAAGUCCUGACUACGGUGGGCAGUUUGGCCCAAGAGAGUUCAAGACACUAUUUAGAGCACUGACUCAGAGGGUCGGCUGGCAAGAUGAAGCCAUUUGUGUUAUUAGCCAAACAAUAGCCUGCUGCCGAACAAGAAGUGAAAAGCGCCAUGGAGCAAGUCUGAGAGCGGAUAUAUGGUUCAACUUCAUCGGACCUGAUAGGUUUGGUAAGAAGAAAAUUGCUCUUGCCCUUGCUGAGAUAUUACAUGGAAGCCGGGAACAUUUCAUUUGUAUGGAUUUGAGUUCCCAAGAUGAGAUGAUCUAUUCAAACUCGAUCUUUGAUUGCCAAGAAAUGAAUGGCUAUGAUGUAAAGUUCAGGGGGAAGACUCUUGUUGAUUAUCUUGCGGGGGAGUUGAGCAAGAAACCCUGGUCUGUUGUCUUCCUUGAAAAUGUAGAUAAAGCUGAUGUGCCAGCUCAGAAUCUUUUGUCUCAGGCUAUUCGGACUGGUAAACUUUCAGACUCACAUGGAAGAGAAAUCAGCAUCAAUAAUGCAAUGUUUGUGACAACUUCAACAUUCUCAAAGGGAAAAAAUCUUCGCACUUUUGGGAGGGAGUCCUCAAACUACUCUGAGGAAAGAAUAUUAGGAGCAAAAGGCUGGCCAAUGCAGAUAAGAAUUGGACAUGCCUUUGGAGACAAUACCAAAAGCCAAAACAUAAGUGUGUCUGACACAAUGAGAAAAGACAUCUCCAGUCCAACCUUUUUUAAUAAAAGGAAGCUUAUCGGUGGCAAUGAAUCUCCGGGGCAGCCUGAAAUCUCAGACAUGGCCAAACGGGCUCACAUGACGUCAACUAGGCAUCUAGAUUUGAACCUUCCGGCUGAAGAGAUUGAGGUGCGCGACACCGAUGACGGAAACUCUGACAACAAUUCCAUCUCCAAUAACUCCAAAGCUUGGUUGCAAGAUUUCUUUGAUCAGGUGGAUAAAACAGUAGUUUUCAAGCCAUUUGAUUUCGAUGCACUUGCCGACAUACUAUUGAAGGAGAUCAAGAAGAGCUUCCACAAGAUUGUUGGCUCGGACUGUUCACUAGAUAUUGACUCUAAAGUCAUGGAUCAAUUACUUUCAGCUGCAUGUAUAUCAGACAGGAACAGAGUGGUUGAGGAUUGGGUGGAACGAGUCCUCAGCAGGGCAUUUGCAGAAGUUCCUAAGAGAUACAGCCUCACUGCUCAUUCAAUUGUGAAACUUUCUACUUUUGAGGAACUAGCCCCUGGAGUUUGCCUUCCCCCUAGAAUUAUUCUUAAUUGAUAUGUUAGAAAGCUUAGUAUUGUAAUUAGAUGUAUAAUGUUAGCAUUUAGCAUCUAGUUACCCUUGUUUUAGCCUCUUAGUCCCAUAUUUUGUUGGGUCGUUUCCAGGCCGUGCUUUGUGUAUGAUAUGUAAUCUGUGGCUAGUGCUUGUGGGGUUAUAUUCUAUGUACUAAAUCAGUUGUCUUGGUUUCUCUAUCCUAAAUUUUGUUCCUAGAAUUUGUGUUUAUAAAAGUUCUACAAAGGUUUGUGAAUUAAUUAUCAUCGUUAUUUAAA